UGAUACAUAAACAAAAGAAAAACAAUGAAGUCUCACAGCUGCCUUAUAAUCUUAGCCUUUGCAUUUCUUUUAGGAGUUGCCUCAGCCGAGCAAUGUGGGCGGCAGACCAAUGGUGCUCUAUGCCCCAACAACCUCUGCUGUAGCCAGUACGGUUGGUGCGGCAACACUGACCCCUAUUGUAAAGACGGUUGCCAGAGUCAAUGCGGAUCUACCUCAGGCGAGCAAUGUGGGCGGCAGGCUAAUGGAGCUUUAUGCCCCAACAACCUCUGCUGUAGCCAGUACGGUUGGUGUGGCGACACUGAUGCCUAUUGUAAAGAUGGUUGCCAAAGUCAAUGUCGGGGCUCGACUAGUCCUACACCACCCUCUGGCGGUGGUAGUGGUACUGUAGGAAGUAUCAUUACCGAAAGCCUAUACAAUCAAAUGCUUAAAUAUUCUACCGACUCUCGAUGUCCUAGUAAUGGAUUCUAUACCUAUAAUGCUUUCAUUACUGCUGCUCAAUCCUUUCCUGACUUUGGUACCACGGGAGAUGACGCUACUCGUAAGAGAGAGCUUGCAGCCUUUUUUGGUCAAACUUCUCAUGAGACUACUGGAGGAUGGGCUUCUGCACCUGAUGGUCCAUAUGCGUGGGGAUAUUGUUUCAUAAGGGAGAUAAAUCAAGAUGUGUAUUGCACACCUAGCGACCAAUGGCCAUGUGUUGCUGGUCAGAAAUAUUAUGGUCGUGGACCAAUGCAACUAACUCACAACUACAACUACGGGCCAGCAGGAAAUGCACUAAGUUUGAAUUUGCUAAGCAACCCUGAUUUGGUAGCCACAAAUGCUAUUAUAUCAUUCAAGGCAGCCAUUUGGUUUUGGAUGACACCACAAGGAAACAAACCAUCCUGUCACAAUGUUAUUACCGGCAAUUGGCAACCUUCGGGCACUGACAAUGCCGCUGGAAGAGUCCCUGGCUAUGGUGUCAUCACCAACAUCAUUAACGGUGGACUCGAAUGUGGACAUGGUCCCGACUCUAGAGUUGAGGAUCGAAUUGGAUUUUACAAACGGUACUGCGACAUGUUGGGUAUUGGCUAUGGCAGUAACUUAGAUUGCAACAAUCAACAGUCUUUCUAAAUUAAAACAUUUAUUUACACUUAUAAUUGAUACUAUGCAAUAUAAUAAAGGGUCUUUUUUUGUUGUUAUAAUUGUAAAAGAUCACUAGUGUGUGUGUUAUUAGACAUUGUAUCUUUCAAUAAAGAGGAGAAUUAUGUAUUCACCUUUUCCAAUUUGUAUGCAAUAUUUUUAUGGAAAUGGUAAGAAAUAACAGUCGAAGUGUAUUCUAUUUC